UAUCCUUUUUACUAAUAGAUUAUAUCCUCUUCUCUCUGCUUAUAUAAUGUGUACCCUUCUGGUUUGACUCUUCUCUGCUUAAACCUCUCUGCUCCAACGCUCUGUCUCUCAAACUUGGUUAAAAAGUGAUCCACCAGAGUUAAUUAUGAGUAUCACCGCUUUGCUUGUUCUUAAGUGCACUCCCGAUACUCCAAAACCUGUUAUACUCGCUGAGGCCUUCGACUUCUCUGGAUUCAACUAUUUCUACUACCCUAACAUCACAGAGUUCGUUCGCUUCUUCGGUAGUACUGUCGCUGGCCGAACCCCUUCUUCUCAGCGACAAUCUUGUAAACACAAAGAUGAUGUAGUGCAUUCUUACAACAGAAACGGCCUCUGCGCCGUGGGAUUCAUGGAUGAUCGUUAUCCCGUUCGAUGUGCUUUUUCUCUUCUCAAUCAGGUUCUUGAUGAGUACCAAAAGAUUUUUGGUGAGACGUGGAGGACAGCAAAGGAAGCCUCUAAGCAGAAGUGGCCAUACUUAGUAGAAGCUUUAGAAAAAUUUAAGGACCCGGCGGAAGCUGAUAAGCUGUUGAAAAUCCAGAAGGAGCUGGAUGAGACCAGUAUUAUAAUUCAUAAAAGCAUUGAUGAUCUCCUAGCCCGAGGUGAAAAGCUGGACAGCUUGGUGGAGAAGAGUUCAGAUUUGAACGUUGCAUCAAAGAUGUUUUACAAGAAAGCAAAGAAAAGAAACGGAUGUUGCACAAUUCUCUGAAGCUGGCAAAUGCAACUCUCUUGGAUCUCCCUCUGCUAUAUAGAAUAGGGGUCUACUUGACUUGAAACGGGUUUCAAAUGUGCAUUUAUAUAAUUAACUUAU